GAGGAGCCUGAACGGGGCAGCGACGUGGCGGGUAUAUAAAGGGCGUGAUGGCGGUGGCGUGUCAGUGUAGUGCUGUCUGUGCCGCAACCAUGGUGGCUCUUGUCCUAGCAGCGGCCAUAGCGACUCUCACCUCAGUCAUCACCGCACAGGAGCCGCCUACAGCAGGUUCGAAUUGCUACCGAAGAUGCGUGCCCGGAGACAGGCGCGUCUGCCAUUUCACCUUCGAAGUUCAUCCUUAUCAGACUAUGUCCAGGGCGUGUUUCAACUGUCCGCGAAACGUCUCUGAUUGCUCUCUGCCCGACUGUGUUCCUGGCGAUGGUGUUCAGCGGAGGAUUAUCGCUAUUAACAAGCAGAUGCCUGGGCCGCCUAUCCAGGUAUGUGAAGGAGACAAAAUCGUCGUGGAUGUGAAGAACCUCCUCCCUGACGGCGGUUUAACGGUCCACUGGCACGGCUUGACAAUGCUCGGGGGUCUCCACGAUGGCAUUCAGUACCCCAGCACGCCCCACAUGGAUGGCACUCCGGGUAUAACGCAGUGCCCCAUCCACUCCGGCGGUUCGUUCAGAUACACUUUCUACGCACUUAAUCCGGGGACGCACUGGUACCACGCACACACAGGAUUCCACCGCGCUGACGGCGUCCUUGGAGCCAUAGUCAUCCGCCAGCCCCCGGGGAAGGACCAUGCGACCGGCCUCUAUGACUACGAUCUGCCGCAGCACACGAUGGUGAUCCACGACUGGCUGCACAUGCCCACUCAGGACAAGUUCGUGUUGAGACACCAUGGCGGCGGCGACGACUUCCCGGAGUCAAUGUUGAUCAACGGACUCGGACCCCACCAGAACAUCGCCGCCACGCCCACUUCAGCCGCCAUGCCAUACCAGCGUUUCAAGGUCUCGCCAGGAGCAAGGUACCGCUUCCGUAUCAUCAACACGGGCGUCCUCAACUGCCCCAUCACAGUCCACAUCGACGAGCACCAACUCACUGUUAUUGCUACUGACGGUAACCCUGUUGUACCCACGAACGCCUCCUCCGUCGUCGUCUAUUCAGGCGAGAGAUGGGACGUGAUCGUCAAAACCGAAAACACCAAAUUCGGAACUUUCUGGAUCAGUUUCAUGGGCGGCGUAGACUGCGCCCCGACCUCCGCCCACCAGUUUGCGCUGUUCGAGUACGAGCAGGUUGGCCAGUUCUACAAAAGCCCGGCCUAUGCGAAACAGCAGGUCGGACAGCAAGAGAUUCCAGACAGUGUUUUGCUGCGUCACAUGCCCCCCAAGCCCAUGUACACAGAGGCUCCCCCAGCCGGCGUUCAAGUGAACAGUAUAAACAGCGCUUGUUACGACGACCUGAUCUGCGUGGCUGGCCUGAGGUCACCUGAGCCAAUGCCUGAAGCGCUGCGGACGCCACGAGCCAACUACACGUUCUAUUUGGCUUUUGAAAUGAGACAAAUCCACAAUGCUCAUUUCUACUCGCGUGCCUUCUACAAUUUCGAAUCAGCGGACGAAGACCAGCAGAUCCCGACGCCCCAAGUGAACAACCUCUCCUUCGUCGGACCGUCCACGCCCCUUCUGCUGAGUGGUGGCAGGUACGACACGCGGGUCUGCUCGAUCGAAAACCCGAUUCCAGGACGAAGCUGCCACGACGACUACUGCGAGUGUCUUCACAUGUAUCACGUCCCCCUCGGAGCCACAGUCGAGCUGGUGUUCAUCGACGAAGGUCAACACGGUGAUGAGAACCACCCCAUCCACUUGCACGGACACCACUUCUGGGUGGUUGGUAUGGACCGUCCCAAUGACGUGGUUGGGGCAGCCAUUACAAGAGACGAGGUGAUCGAGUUGGAUAGGACUGGACAGCUGCUGAGAAACUUCUACCACCCAGUGCGAAAAGACACAGUUACUAUACCAGAUGGAGGCUACACUGUUGUCAGAUUUAUUGCCGAUAAUCCAGGUUACUGGUUGAUGCACUGUCACCUCAUUUUCCACUCUGCGGCCGGAAUGGAAGUGGUUUUCAAGGUCGGCGAAGUGAAGGACGUCCCUCCGCCUCCAGCUGGCUUCCCCUCCUGCGGAAAUUUCAAAUCCUUUGACCUCUGAAUAUUCGACUGAUGAACUUUCCUCUGUUCCUCAACACACCAAAACCCAACUCCUGCGGGCUCCUUUGACCUCUGAAUGUUCGACUGAUGAACUUCCCUCUGUUCCUCAACACGCCAAAAGCCACUCCUGCGGGCAUUUGAUCUCUUGAGCUGAUCCUCGGGUGGAUAGACAGUUUUUUUUAACAUUCCAAUGUAUUGGUACUGGACCUUUGAUCGCCUCUGGAGGGUGGUUUGUGAUAAUUCCAAGAUAUUUCGAGACUCUUUUUUUUCUUUAUGGCAUUACUUGAAGACAAAUAGUUUAUUUAGUGUAUGAUUCGUUUGUCGAUGUUUUUUUUUAAUCGAUUGUGUCUGUAUAUAGUACUGAUGAUUCUGUUAAAUAUAAAAUAUUGUCAGUA